AACUUCCGGUAAAAUUCUGUGGUUUGGUUUUUUUUUUUACUUGAAAAAACAAAUAAGUUUAAGUGUUGUCGAAAUGGGAUGCGAUGGAGGGACAAUCCCAACAAGAGAUGAGUUAGUGAGGACUAGAAAAAAGCCAGAAAAAAAAGACAGGACUGCGGAAUUGGACGCCAAAUGGAAACACUGUGCUCUGAGUCAGGAGCCUCUUGUGCCUCCCAUCAUGGCUUGUGAACUCGGCAGUGAUCUGAGUUUCAGACUAUACAACAAGGAGUCAACUCUUGAGUUGCUGUUGGACAGAACUAAAUUUGACUGUGCUGCGAGUUUCGACCAUCUCAAAAGUCUAAAGGAUCUUCGACAACUGAAUUUGACUACUAACCGUGGAUACACAGGAGGAAAAGCAGAAAUGGGGAAUUGCUACAUCGAUACUCAGACUUCUGUGUAUAUUUGUCCAGUUGCUGGUCUUGAAAUGAACGGUACAUACAAGUUUUGCUUUCCGUGGUCAUGUGGAUGUGUUAUAUCAGAACGGGCUUUGAAAGAAGUUCCCACUGAAGUUUGUCACACGUGUGGUGAAAAAUUCAUGCAGGAUGACAUUAUCGUUCUGAAUCCCCCAGAGGAAGAUCUCGACACUGUGAGACUCCAGAUGGAGGCCAGAAGACUCCGACUUAAGCGUGACAAGAAAUUGCGAAAAGCUCAAAAACACACGAUAGCAGACAUCAUCAUUGACAGUGUGGCUGAAGAUGGACCUACGACCAGCAAACGAGUUCGAUUCACACAAUCAGCAGGGCAGAAAAACAAGCUUGUUACCGGAACAUCAGCAAGUCGGCCAAAUGGAAUGGACACAAGACUGGAGCAUAAGUCAAAACCAACUAAUGGGAAGGCGGAGGACAAAUCUACAAAGUCAACAGGAAUCCAAGAAGAUCCUACAACAAGUACAGUGUACAAAUCACUGUUCACUUCAUCCGAUAAGGCGAAGAACCAGCAAAAAGCUCACUGGGUGACAUUCAACCCAAUGUAUUACUGAGGUUAUUUACAACUCAACCCAGUGUAUUACUGAGGUUAUUUACAACUCAACCCUGUGUAUUACUGAGGUUAUUUACAACUCAACCCAGUGUAUUACUGAGGUUAUUUACAACUAAACCCUGUGUGUUACUGAGGUUAUUUACAACUCAACCCUGUGUUACUGAGGUUGAUUACAACUCAACCCACUGUUACUGAGGUUAUUUGUAACAGUAUGUAAUGUAAUUAAACCUCACUGUAAUCCACUGUUACUGAGGUUAUUUGUAACAGUAUGUAAUAUAAUUAAACCUCACUGUAAUCCACUGUGUUACUGAGGUUAUUUGUAACAGUAUGUAAUAUAAUUAAACCUCACUAUAAUCCAGUUACUACUGAGGUUAUUUGUAACAGUAUGUAAUAUAAUUAAACCUCACUGGAUAACUGAGGUUAUUUGUAACGGUAUGUAAUAUAAUUAAACUUCACUAAUUCACUGUUACUACUGAGGUUAUUUGUAACGGUAUGUAAUAUAAUUAAACCUCACUAAUCCACUGUUACUACUGAGGUUAUUUGUAACGGUAUGUAAUAUAAUUAAACUUUACUAAUCCACUUUUACUACUGAGGUUAUUUGUAACAGUAUGUAAUAUAAUUAAACCUCACUAAUCCACUGUUUCUACUGAGGUUAUUUGUAACAGUAUGUAAUAUAAUUAAACCUCACUAAUUCACUGUUACUACUGAGGUUAUUUGUAACAGUAUGUAAUAAUUUGUAACAGUAUGUAAUAUAAUUAAACCUCACUAAUCCACUGUUUCUACUGAGGUUAUUUGUAAUAGUAUGUAAUAUAAUUAAACCUCACUAAUUCCGUGUUACUACUGAGGUUAUUUGUAACAGUAUAUAUUAUAAUUAAACCUCACUAAUUCACUGUUACUACUGAGGUUAUUUGUAACAGUAUAUAUUAUAAUUAAACCUCACUAAUUGACUGUUACUACUGAGGUUAUUUGUAACAGUAUAUAUUAUAAUUAAACUUCAAUGGAUAGCUCUGUGUUGCAGACACUCAGUACAUGCUUAAUUUUUCAUGUGAUUUUAAUUUUCCAUUUGGAAGAAAAUAAUAAGAAUGGGCCUACAUUUCUGGUGUGAGAAAGAUACAAUGUAUCUGUUUGAAAUCAUCAUCACAGUCGAUACAAAGUCUGCACCGCAGUGAUACAAACAAAGUCAGCACCGCAGUGAUACAAAGUCAGCAUCACAGUCGAUACAAAGUCAGCAUCACAGUCGAUACAAAGUCAGCAUCACAGUUGAUACAAAGUCUACACCGCAGUGAUACAAAGUCUGCACCGCAGUGAUACUAAGUCAGCAUCACAGUCGAUACAGAGUCUGCACCGCAAUGAUACAAAGUCUGCACCGCAGUAAUACAAAGUCAGCAUCGCAGUGAUACAAAGUCUGCACCGCAGUGAUACAAAGUCGGUGCUGUCUAUUAGAAGUUCCCUUUGAUCAUUUUGCUGCAUGUACAAAAUCACAUGCUGUUCGCAAAUUAAAGCAACUGUCCUGAGUUUCCGGUUUUUCUCCCUCUAAAAAGUAAACACAUCCUACUUUUUCAAGUUUCUAAUUGCAUUUCCAAUAGACAACUGCCUCUAUCCCCACCCAUUAUACAUUUCGAAAUCACAGUGAAAAGCAUAACUGCAUCUAUUAAUCUUUAAUUGCUUUUUGGUAUCUGUGUGGUUACAUUGCAGUAGGCUUAUACAUGUAAGUUAUAUAUGCAGUAUUCUGAAACUUCAAUUUUUUUGUAAUAAAAACAAACACAAGCCUUGCUUAAUCAGUUUAUUAAAAUAUUACAUACACAGCCAGAAAAAUAGUACAUUUAAUAAGAUAUUUUAAAAUGCCAAAAUAGAAAUUAAAAUGUUGAAAUACUGAGGUGCAGCAUCAAUUGGAUAGAUGUAGGAUUCACAUAAUUUUGGUACUUUCUGUUGGACCCGGAAGCAUUAAGCUCAAUGCUUCCAGGAAAUCCCUGUUUAUUAUCAUUUCAUUCAGACUAUUAUUUGGCACCAACCAGUACUCUCCUGUAAGAGAACCGAUGGAGUAGUGUGCUCAAAUGUAAUUGGCAGCUUUCAAGUUGAUCCUAGCAUACAAUUUUGUAAAACAACAUUUUUAUUUAUGAUAGAAAAGUUGAUGGAGAAAAGCUAUGAAAAUCCUUCGAAUUAGAUUCUCGUUUGAUUUCCGUGGCCCAUUAACAUUUUCAUUUGUAUUAGAACUACUGAAGAAAAUUGUUCGUGUAAACAUUAAAACCACACUAACAAUAUAUCGGUGGUCUGAAAAAUUCUAAUUUUAUGCCCUGGUAUGGUAUGACAAUAUGGCUUCCCAAGGCCUCGAACUUCACCAUGGCAGGGAUAAAUCAGCAGUGCUGCAAUACAAAAUAUCUUUGAUGGUAUUUUUUGUUAUUAUCACAUAUUUGUCUGUACUAUCAAAAUGUAUGACCUGAACGUAAAGCUAUAUAGUAACAUUAUGAUUUUUAGAUCAAACUGGGAAAAUUAAACCAAAUAAUUAACAAAUAUUUUUCUCUACAUCCACAAAUGCUAUAACCAACUUUAUUACCCCAGUGGUCACUUAUAAUUGGGAAAAUAUUGUUUCAUAUUUUCUCAUUGAGAAAUAUUCUGCAUUGGUAUAAUGUACACUAAAAUUGGACAAUUUGAGGCUUACAAACCAGUGAUAUUGUCAGUACUAAAUAUGACUUCACGAUGAUUUGGCAAGCUAACAAAAUGAUGUCAUCUAGUUUAAAGAGUUUGCCUUUAUGAUUUUGUUUUAAAUGUUAAACUUGUAAUAAAAUGUUAUUUUAAUGCAAUUCAUUAUAAAAAGAUUUUUAAACAGAAUAUAUAGAACUUUUGUUUUUGAAAAUUAUCUGUGAACAUGGUUGAAAUACAGAGUUUUACUCAGA